CGUCAAUCGCACCAAGUGUUGGAAAAUCCGCAAUAAUAAUACAUAACAUAAUAUUGGAAGGAAUACUACCCCACACACAGAAGCUUGUAUACGAUCAAGUGGUAAGCACACAAACCCAUAUUCAACAUGGCCGCGAAUUUCCAAGCAGCCAACGUACAAAGGCUCAGUCUGGGCAUUAAGCUCCUGGGUGGUGCUGCCCUAGGCGCCUAUGGGUUGUCCAACUCUUUCUACACAGUUGAUGGUGGUCACCGUGCCGUCCUCUUCAACCGAAUUGGCGGUGUGGGUGAUCAGGUGUACGCAGAAGGUAUGCACUUCAUGGUGCCCUGGUUCCAGACGCCUAUUAUCUACGAGGUCCGAUCCCGCCCCCGUCGUAUUGCUUCACCCACCGGUUCCAAAGAUCUUCAGACCGUGAACAUCAGUUUGCGAGUUCUGUACCGACCCAUAGUCAACGAAUUGCCCAGCAUCACUCGCGAAAUCGGACACGAUUAUGACGAGCGUGUCUUGCCGUCCAUUUGCAAUGAAGUGCUCAAGAGUGUCGUCGCCCAGUUCAAUGCCUCGCAGCUGAUUACCCAGCGUGAGAGUGUGUCCAAGCUUAUCCGUUCGCAAUUAACCGCACGUGCAAAGGACUUCUACAUGAUCCUCGACGAUGUGUCUAUCACUGACUUGAGUUUCGGUUCAGAGUACACAGCCGCCGUUGAAGCCAAACAGGUUGCCCAGCAGGAAGCCCAGCGUGCACAGUUCACGGUGGAGAAUGCCAAGCAGGAGCGUGCACAGGCCAUUGUCAAGGCUGAGGGAGUUGCCAAGUCUGCCGAGCUUAUCGGUCAGCAGGUGAAGGAGAACCCUGGUUUCUUGCAACUGCGAAAGAUCGACGCUGCUAUCAAGGUCGCGCACACAAUCGCGAACUCGGCUAACCGUGUAUACUUAGACUCCAACUCUUUGCUGCUGAAUGUAGAAUCAAUCACCCUAACGGAUGAUCAAAAUAAGUACGAGGAAGGAGCCGGACCUGUUGUCGUCGCGUAAUGCCAUUGAAAAGGUGAAGAUAAUGUUUUGACCAUAGUGACAAUCCGUCUGACGCGAAGUUGUCCUUGUGGGCAAAUGAGGAAGAGUAGCAUCGUGUCGGGUAAGAUAAGUACUACACACUGGGGACUAAGAGAACCACUCCUGGGUACGCAGUAGCAGAUAACCCAACCACAAUGAGUUACAAAGGAGGAACUCUACAAUUCCAGGCUCAUACAGUGUUGAGUCAGGGACCAACAAUUCAUCGUGCCUGUAAUGUUACGACGUGCCGAUGUGAAAUGCCAUGAAUAUAGUUUAGUGGGUGAUGUAGCGGACAACGCUCACAAUAAAACCAUCCCAACAUAGA